AUGAAAAAUUGUUCACCUACCCGUGUUUUAUAUUCUCAUAUAGUGUGCCGGUCAAAUAAAAGUCCGUGGGUCUGUCUGACGUGCUCAAGUGUCCAUUGUGGAAGAUAUGUGAAUGGCCAUGCAAAAAAGCAUUAUGAAGAUGCACAGAUUCCUAUGACCAAUCAUAAGAAAACAGAAAAGCAAGAGAAGGUUCAGCAUACUGUGUGUAUGGAUUGCAGUAGUUACAGUACAUACUGUUAUCGCUGUGAUGAUUUUGUAGUCAAUGAUACCAAGCUGGGCCUGGUACAGAAGGUCAGAGAGCACCUACAGAACUUGGAAAAUUCAGCCUUUACAUCAGACAGACAUAGGAAAAGAAAACUAUUGGAAAACUCAUCUCUGAACAGCAAGUUAUUAAAAGUAAAUGGAAGCACCACUGCCCUUUGUGCCACAGGCCUUCGGAACCUGGGGAAUACGUGUUUCAUGAAUGCAAUCCUUCAGUCGCUCAGUAACAUUCAACAGUUUUGCUGUUACUUCAAAGAGUUGCCUGCUGUGGAGCUGAGGAACGGGAAGACAGCAGGCAGGCGAACUUACCAUACCAGGAGCCAGGGGGAUAACAACGUUUCAUUGGUGGAAGAAUUCAGAAAGACACUCUGUGCUUUAUGGCAAGGAAGCCAAACUGCAUUUAGUCCAGAGUCUUUAUUUUACGUUGUUUGGAAAAUCAUGCCAAAUUUUAGGGGAUACCAGCAACAGGAUGCCCACGAGUUCAUGCGUUACCUUUUGGACCAUCUACAUCUGGAACUCCAGGGUGGCUUCAAUGGUGUUUCACGUUCAGUAAUUUUGCAAGAAAAUUCUAGUCUGUCUGCAAGCAACAAAUGCUGCAUAAAUGGAGCAUCUACUGUUGUCACAGCGAUUUUUGGAGGCAUUCUUCAAAAUGAAGUCAACUGCCUAAUAUGUGGGACUGAAUCUAGAAAGUUUGACCCAUUCCUAGACCUUUCGCUAGAUAUUCCAAGUCAGUUCAGAAAUAAACGUACUAAAAAUCAAGAAAAUGGACCAAUGUGCACACUACGAGAUUGUCUUCGCAGUUUUACAGACCUGGAAGAACUUGAUGAGACAGAGCUGUAUAUGUGUCACAAAUGCAAAAAGAAACAGAAGUCCACCAAAAAAUUCUGGAUUCAGAAACUACCAAAGGUGCUAUGCUUACACUUGAAACGAUUUCACUGGACAGCAUAUCUGAGAAACAAGGUUGAUACAUAUGUUGAGUUUCCCUUACGAGGCCUAGACAUGAAAUGCUACUUGUUAGAGCCUGAGAACAGUGGCCCAGAAAGCUGCCUGUAUGACCUUGCGGCUGUUGUUGUGCAUCAUGGUUCAGGCGUUGGCUCUGGACAUUACACCGCAUACGCAGCUCAUGAAGGCCGUUGGUUCCAUUUCAACGACAGUACUGUAACUUUGACUGACGAGGAGACUGUGGUAAAGGCCAAGGCCUACAUCCUCUUCUACGUGGAACGGCAAGCCAAAUCUGGAUCAGAUAAACUUUAAUACCUCCUUUUAAUUCUCACUUAUCAAGUCCACCGGACAAAACAUUUCCAUUUUUCCAUAAAUACUUGAUCCAAGACUAUUAAUUUCAUUGUGCACUUUCAAUUUCCUCUUGUGGGUUUUAGUUUUGUUGUGUCAAUGGUAGCAUUUGACUUACUGAACUUGGACACAAACUAACUUUUUUUUUAGUUAUACCAGAAAACCUCAGCAGAUUUUGAUUUGCUGCUUUAGUUGUGAUAACUCAAUUUUUAUAUAUAUAGUUUCAUGAAAUACUUAGUUAUUUGACUUUUUUAUAUUAAUGUUUUCAGUUCUCACUUUCUAAAGGCACAUUUACAUCCGAGAAGCUUUCUAUCCUCCUUACAAGCAAGAUAAAUGUGCUUCUGAUUAUGAAGAGCAAUACAACUUCAUGCUGUUCUCACAGCUGUUAUGUAGAUAUGAUUUAAUCUCUUUAAAUCAAAGAAUUGUUUGCACGUGCUAUUUUCCCUCGUGCAAGAAACUAAACAGUGACCUCUGAACAAUCAUUUUUUGUCUGCAGAAGAGAGGAGAUGUGGCAUCAUUAAAUAGACCAGGUAAUUGCUGCUAUAUCGGUGUGUAUUCAGGCUGCUGACUUUCAGGAAUCAUUGUAAAUAAACAGUUGGUUCAAUU